UAUUAGCUUUUUCUGCUUAUUGAACUCCGAUACCAACAUGUGACAUAAGAAAAUUAAAUUUUAAAAUGUUAGGUGAGUGGUAAUAAACAUUUCUAUACUUCAAAGUUGGAGAGAAAUCAUCACAGUGACGCAAAGGUCCUUCGUCGCUUGCCGUAGGAAACGAGACGUUUCGAACAUGGCGUAAGCAUGUAGCCUGCUAGCCAUUUGAAGCUGUUUAUUACUUGAACCAAAAUGCUUAUUUAAAGGUCUCAUUUGUGUGUCGACAAGGGAGGAUGUGUCCAAAUAAUGGGAAACGUUUUUGGGAGAAAGAGCCGAUCCUCUCGUGUAACGGAGCAAGACAAAGCCAUUUUGCAACUGAAGCAGCAGAGAGAUAAGCUUAAACAGUAUCAGAAAAGAAUCACCUUACAGCUGGAGAAAGAAAAACUUCUGGCUAAGCAGCUGUUAAAAGAUGGCAAAAAAGAAAAAGCUCUGUUCCUCCUCAAGAAAAAACGCUAUCAGGAUCAACUGCUAGAGAAGACAGAGAAUCAGAUUUCAAACCUAGAGCGUAUGGUUCAAGAUAUUGAAUUCAUGCAAAUUGAAAUGAAAGUCAUUGAAGGACUAAAGAUUGGGAAUGAAUGCCUGAAAAGUAUGCACGAGAUCAUGUCAAUAGAAGACGUGGAAAAAAUCCUGGAUGAGACCCAAGAAUCAAUUGAAUAUCAAAGGCAAAUAGAUGAAAUGUUGGCUGGAGCCCUGACACAGGAGGAUGAAGAUGCAGUUUUAGCUGAAUUAGAGUACAUCACUCAGGGAGAAGAGUUAGCACUUCCAGAGGUUCCCUCUGAGCCUGUUCCAGAAAUACCAGAAUCUGAUCAAAGUGAACCAGAGAGGCAAGAAGAAGGGAAGAAGCAACAAAAAGAAAUGCUGGCUGCCUAAAAGAGUUUCUGGUUCAUAUCCAGGGCUACUCUGAAAAUCUAAUAAAGCUCUUUUAGUUAUUUGAGGAACCAACAUACAUUUUGCACAGUUUACAGGAGCAUCAUUGUGAAGCUACAACAUGGAGUGAAAUAUUGUGUUUCAUUGUUACUGUGCUGGUAAAAGUAUAAAGGUAAAUUAAAGGGAUUUUAGAUGUUUUAGAAAAAAAUCAUUAAAAAAAUACAUUCAUAUAUUAAACUGCACUAAUAAAAACA